AUGGCAAAAACAGCGUUCGUUACCGGUGCCAAUGGCCUCAGCGGUAGCGCGAUUGUCGAGCAUCUCUGCAACACAACCUCAGAUGAUUGGGACACCAUUAUUGUUACGUCAAGGAGUCCGCUCAGCCUUACAGUCACAGACCCUCGCAUCAAGUUUAUUGCUCUGGACUUUACAGAUGACGUUCCCUCCCUAGUGGAAAAGAUGAAGCAAGUCUGUGGUCCCGUCAGCCAUGCUUAUUUCUGUUCCUACCUUCAUAAGGACGAUUUCGCAGAGUCAUACGCGGCCAACAAAACGCUGUUCGAGAACUUCAUAACCGCCAUCGAUAAGACAGCUCCCAAGUUGCAGAACGUUACGCUCCAGACUGGCGGGAAAUACUACAAUCUUCAUGUUGAACCGGUGCCAUCUCCAGCGCGAGAAGAUGACCCACGACGCUACGGACCAUUCGAAAACUUCUAUUUUCCUCAAGAAGACAAACUGGCUGAGAUGCAGUGUGGCAAAGCUUGGUCGUGGAAUGUAAUCCGGCCGGAGGCCGUCAUUGGUGCAAAUUCGCAGCCCUACGGUCUAAAUGAGGCCCUGACCAUUGCCAUGUACUUCCUGAUUUGCCGUGAGCUGGGCACCGCGGCUCCAAUGCCGACUAACCAGCGAUACUGGGAGGGCACUGAGGACGUGUCGUACGCACCUUUAAUUGCCGACCUGGCUAUAUUUGUUUCGACCCGGAAGUCUUGCGCUAAUGAGGCCUUCAAUGUUACCAAUGGAGAUUAUUUUUCCUGGCGUUAUAUGUGGCCGCGUCUGGCUGCAAGUAUCGGCGCCAAAGCCGACCCACAACAGCAUUUCGAAAAAGCAGUACCAAGAGAAGGCGAGUUGCAGCUAGAGUGGAGCCUAGCCGAGUGGUGUCAGGACAAGCGGCAGGUGUGGGAGGAGUUGUGCGAUCGUCAGGGCUUACCGGGUGCCAAGGCGACAUUUGACCUUGCCGGCUGGGCGAUUGGGGAUUUCCUCUAUCAGCGGACAUGGAGUGCGACGCUGAGUGUAAAUAAGGCACGCCGGUUUGGAUGGACUGGUCAUAUCGAUUCUUACCAGUCGUUCGUCGACACGUUCGACAAGUUUAGACAGCUCGGGUUGAUACCGAAAUAA